AUGGCGGCAAGUGGCCUGUCGGCACCCACUCAGGAGCUGCCGGAGGAGAAUGAACGCAUGGCACGGACCUUUGAGAGGUCCUGCGGCCCCGAUGGCUUUGUUGAUGCCACGGAGGGACAACGCCUGCUGCGCCGCACCGGGCUGCAGGAGAACCAACUUUCCAACAUUUGGGACCUCUCUGAUCUGGACCGUGACCGACGACUCUCGCUCCGGGAGUUUGUGUGUGCCAUGACCUUGGCCGAGCAGGUCCGACGAGGGCAGUCCCUUCCUGUGGACGUGCGCCCGGAACAGCAGGAGGCCAUUUCAGCAGGUGUGGAACGCAUUCUGCAAAAUGCCCGUGCAAAGACGCGGGAGGAGUUGAGUACCGUUGACACUGGCUUCAAGCUGCCAGGCACUUCCCGUUGCGCGGAAGCCAUGUUGAAAGUUGGGGAUGUGACCAUUUGA